AUGUUUUUUCAUUUCUUCUUUAUCAUAGUUCUUUAUUUAGUAUUUUAUGCAAAUAUCAAAAAUGCAUAUACUUUGAGAGUUAGAUUAAGUAAAGAAAUUUUAUUUUUGAAAUCAUGUAUGACUUUAAAGAAAAGAAAGAUUAAAAAUAUUUCCCCUUUACAAAGUAAACAUUAUAAUUUUAACUUGAUUGAAAAAAAAUGGCAACUUAUAUGGAAUUCUAAGAAAUUAUUAGAUAAGGAUUUUGAAAUAUUUAAUAAGCUUAAAAAUAAAAAGAAAGAUAAAUCAAAUGAGGAUAUUGAGGAAAAUAAUAAAAUUAGUUUAAAAAAAAAGUAUAGAAUGUUUAAGAAGUAUUACAUUUUAGAUAUGUUUCCUUAUCCUUCUUCUCAGGGGUUACAUGUUGGGCACAUUUUAUGUUUUACAAUAACUGAUGUUAUAAGUAAAUUUAAAAGGAUGAAUAAUUUUUGUGUUUUUCAUCCAAUUGGUUGGGACAGUUUUGGUUUACCAUGUGAUAGAUUAUCUAUGAAAUUGAAAGUUAAUCCAAAAAAAAUCAUAAAAAAAAAUAUUUUAAAUUUUAAAAAACAACUGAUAAUGUUAGGAUUUUUAUUUAAUUGGAAGAAUGAAAUUAAUACUUGUGAUAAAAAUUAUUUUAAAUGGACACAAUGGAUUAUUAUUCAAAUGUAUUUAAAUAAAUUGGGUUAUAAAAAACGUUCAUAUGUUAAUUGGUCUAAAGAAUUAAAUUGUGUUAUCUCCAAUGAUGAAUUAAAAAAUGAAUUGAAUUUACAGAAUUUACAAAUUGAAAAAGUAAAAUUAUUACAGUGGUUUCUUAAAAUUACCAAAUAUGCAAAUCGUUUAAUAAAAGACUUAAAAUUAAUUAAUUGGCCAAAUAAAAUUAAAAAUAUGCAGAUAAAUUGGAUUGGUAAAAAAUCAGGAAUAGUUAUAAAAGCAAAAAUUAUUAAUAUAAAUAAAAUGUUUUUGAACUAUUCUCUCGAUUAUAGACGUAAAUUCAUAUAUAUUUACUAUAGCAAUAUUUAUAAUCAUUUAAUAUUUCUUUUGUUUAAUUGUAUUUAUUACAUUGGAAUAAAAAAAAGUUUUAAUAAAACUAAUUAUAAAUUUUUUUCUUCUUUUUUAAAAUCCAUGAAUGAUGAACAUGAAAAAAAUUGUGGAAUUAUUGAAGAAAACGAAAUUGGAAAAAAUGAAAAAAAAUUUGUUGGUCCUCUAAUAAAUAAAAAUGUAAAUUGUAAUGAAAAAGAUAUGUACUAUGAUGAUUACAUUUCAUUAAAUAUUGACAAUAUUAACAAUAUUGGCAAUAUUAACAAUUUUAUGAAUGAUGUAUUAAUUAGUAAUAACAUAUAUAGUUUACAAAAAAAGCAUUGUUAUUUACAUAAUUUUAAAGAAGGAAAUAAAAUAUCGAAUGAAGAAGAUACAUAUGUUAAAAUAUUCUUAAACAAAAAUGAAGGAUUGUUAGAAAAUAAUAAAAUCAUCGUUAGUGUAAAUCAUCCUAAUAUUAACAGAAUAGUAAACAACGAUCAAUUUUUAUUAAAAUAUAUAAGCGAAGAAAUUAUUAAAAAUGAUACAUCAAGGUUAAAAAAUGAUAAACUAUAUUUUUCUGGUUCUGUUAUUUAUAAUCCACUUAUAAAUAAAUUUAUUCCCAUAUACGUUUGUUCUUACAUUUUAGAUAAUAAUAAAAGUAUUCUUUUAUUAAGGAAAGAAAAUAAAGAAGAUAAUAAAAUAAACGUCUUAAUAUAUGAAUUAUUACUCAAUUCUCAUUAUAGUAUAAAAAAAAGUAUUUAUAAUUUAAAAGAUUGGUUAUUCUCCAGACAGAGAUACUGGGGUGAACCAUUUCCCUUUUUAUAUAAAAUAGAAAAAAAAAAGGAAGAAUAUAAAAAUAAUGAAACAGAUAGUGUUAUUUAUAAAAAAAAUGAAGUUAAUGAUAAAGAUACCCCAAAUGAUAUAUUUCUUCCAAUUAGAGAAGAGAAUGAUAAUAAAAAAAUAGAAAUAAAAAAAAUUAAAAAUUCUCUUAAAAAUAAAGUAUAUAUAGAUAAAAUUCCUUUAUGUUUACCAAAAUUUAAUAAAAAAAUAUACGAAAAAGAUAAUAAAGAAAAUAAAGUAUAUUCCGUUUUAUCAAGAUUCAAGGAAUGGAUAAUUACCAAAAAAAAAGAUACACUAUAUAAAAGAGAAAGUGAUAUAAUGCCUCAAUGGGCUGGUUCUAGUUGGUAUUAUUUAAGAUAUAUUGAUCCUAAAAAUAAAGAAAAAAUUUUUGAUAAAAAAAAAGUAAAUUUUUGGCUUCCUGUAGAUCUAUAUGUAGGGGGAAGUGAACAUGCAGUGUUACAUUUACUCUAUUCAAGAUUCUUUCAUAAAUUUUUAUAUGACCUAAAAUUAGUUAAGCAUAAAGAACCCUUUCAAAAAUUAUUUAAUCAGGGAAUACUAUUAAAUACUACUUCUUUUUAUUUUUAUACUAAUUUAAAAAAUGAACUAGUAAGUUAUUCUGAAAUAUAUGAAAAAGAUAUCAUUAAAAAAGAAAAGGGAAAAAGAGAUAUUAUAAUAGAAAAUGAAUAUAAGAAUGGAAAUUCUUCAAAAGAUAAUCAAACGAAUGAAAAGGAAAUGAUAAAUUAUAAUGUAAAUAAUGAUUUAUUGAAAAAGGAAUUAAAGAUAGAAGACACAAUGGAAAAAGAACAAAAUAUUACUAAUAUAAAUGAGAAAAAAAAUAUACAUAACUGUAUUAAUCAAGAAUUAACUCAAAAAGGCAAAUCAGAAACUGAAAAAAUAAUUGAGAGUAAUAAUUAUAUAAUGGAAAAUAAUUACAAGAAAUUUUUGAUUGAUGAAAUGCAUGUAAUAGAAAAAAAUCAAAAAUAUUAUUUGAAAAAUUUACCUUCUAUUGAAGUACAACCCAAUUUUGAAAAAAUGUCUAAAUCAAAAGGAAAUACUAUUAACCCUAAUGAUAUAAUUAAAAUAUAUGGUUCAGAUUGCUUAAGAUUGCAUAUUUUAUUUUUAGGACCAGUUGAUCAAAAUAAAAAGUGGAAUAUUAAAGGGAUAAAAGGAACCUUUAAAUUUUUGAAUAAUUUAUACAACUUAUUUAUAGAUAAUGUAAAUAAAAAAAAAAAAAAAAAAAAUGAAUACACCAAUGAAAUAGAUGGAAAUAAAAAUGAAAAAAAUAUAUACACCAAAAAGUUAUUAAAUGAUGAUACUUGUAAAAUAAAGGAAAUGAAAAAUAUAUUAAACGAUAUAAAUAAUAAAAAUAAUGAAAAUAUUAAUUCAAAUGAAAUAAAUAAUGAUAAAACAGAAAAUUUAAAAAAUGAUUUGAAUGAUGAUAUAAUUUGCGAAAUUUGCAAAAAUAAAAAUAAAAAUAAAAAUCUGAUUAUAAAUUUUGAGAAAAAUAUAAAUCUUGAAAAAAAAAAAAAUUAUAAAAAGAUAUUAAAGAGAAAUUUAAAUAUACUUAAAAGCAAAUCUGACUCAUUUAAAAAACUCUCGAAUAAAAUAAAAAAAAACAUAGAAAUUGAAACAGAAAAAAAAAAAAAAGUAAAUUAUUAUAUUGAGAAAAUUACGAACUGUAUAAAUUCAAUAAAAUUAAACACAGCUGUGUCUUUUUUUAUGAAAUUUUAUAAUGAAAUUAAAGAAUGGAAUUAUAUACCUUUAAAAGUAUUUCUUAUAUUUAUUAAAUUAUUAUAUCCAUUUUGUCCUCAUAUAUGUGAAGAGUUUUGGUUUUAUUAUUUAAAAAAAUAUAGAAAAAAAAAAAAAAAAAAAAUUUGCUACUUUUGUAAUUCUAGUUUACUAUAUUAUGAAAAAUGGCCUUCUUUAUUUCAAAUAAAAGAAGAAAAAAUUGUAAAAAUAUCUAUAAAAAUAAAUAAUAAGCAUAUUGCUUUUAUUCAAAUUAAUCUAAAAAAUUCAAAAAAUAUAAUAAAAGAAUCAACAAAUUUAAUACAGGAUCGCAUACAAAAUGAAAUAAAAAAAGGAAAAAAAAUAAUUAACAUCAUAAACAUUCCUAACAAAAUAAUCAACUUUAUAAUAAAAUAA